AUGCCUGGGCCUUACCCCACACAAGCCCCCCUUCAACCACUCCACCCACCACCACCGACAAGCACGCCUGGGCCUUCCCCCACACAAGCCCCCGCACAAGCAAUCCAUCCAGCCCCGAUGGCAAGCAUCCCAACGGCGGCUCCCACGGGCUCACCCAAGAGCCCGGCGCAACCUUCCUGGGCGGACUUGUCAGAGGAUCUCGCUCCACAGAACCAGCAUGAGGAGUUGCCAACUCUGCUCCCCAAGCCAAGCAAGGGCAACGGCAAGGGAAAGGGAAAGGGCAAGAAGGGCAAGAAGUCUUCCAAAGGAAGCGGCAGAAGUGACAAGUGGAGUGCGGAAUACGCCUACUCCUGGAGCUACCCCGGCUACCAGUAUGGCGGCUGGUACUGA